AGUGAGUACAGCAAGGGGCUGGGCAUUCAUUAGUAUAGAGUGAGUACAGCAGGGGGCUGAGCAUUCAUGAGUAUAGAGUGAGUACAGCAGGGGUCUGAGCAUUCAUGAGUAUAGAGUGAGUACAGCAGGGGGCUGAGCACGCAGCCUUGAGGUGCUCCCGUGCUGAUUGUUCAAGUCAAGUCACUUUUAUUUAUAUAGCACAUUUAAAAAACAACUCUCCGAUUGGCCAAAGUGCUUUACAUUGGUGGAGGUACUAACGUUAUCGAGGCUGAAACAUUUGCACCAAUACGAACAGUCUGUGGUCUGUGAAUGAGGAAGUCGAGGAUCCAGUUGCAGAGGGAUGCGCAGAGACCCAGUUCUGCGAGUUUGGUAUCCAGUUUGGAGGGGAUGAUUGUAUUAAAUGCUGAGCUGUAAUCAAUGAAUAACAGCCUGACAUAUGAGUUUUUGUUGUCCAAGUGGUCCAGAGCGGAGUGGAGAGCCAGUGAGAUCGCAUCCACCGGUAAGCGCCACAACAGAUUAUUUCUUAUUGUCUUGAGCAGAGAUGUUCCCAAACCAACCUGUGAUGCAACCCACUGGUACUGUAUGCAUUAGGGUUUGUAAGAGUCAUUGUAGACAUGCUGAGAUUUCUCAGUCAACUGAUGAAGUAGAGCUGUUGGUCUGCUUAUCUUUGGCUGUAGUUUCAGUGGGGUUAAACAAGGAUUGAUGGUUGGGAAUAUUUAUGCCGAAGAACCUGAAGCUCUCAACCAUUUCCACUUUGGUGCCAUUGAUGCUGAUUGGUGCACCAACACAUCCCACUAUUCCACGCUACACCAGGAGUUUUUCUUCUCUGCAAUGAUCUUUGAUGCAACAUCUUAACAAAUAUUUUCUGGAAAACUAAGUGAACUACAUUGAUUGAUCCCAUUUAACCAGAAACUCUCUAACUGAAGAUCCACCAAGUGAGGCUACAUCAAUUAGUGCUAACUAAGACCUCAAAUUGUUGCUCAUAUUAAUCAUUAAGAAAACUCCAGUAAAUUGGUCAAACAUGACUUCCCUUCACAAAACCACACUGACCUUCAUUGAUUACCUUGAAUUUUCUUUUAAUAAUACUGGUGACAAUAAUACUCCGACAGGUUAUACACUUGCAGUUUCCAGCUUUUUGUUGAAGAAAAGCAUUACUUUUGCUACUUUUGUCCAAUUCACCUUCAAACAAUAGAAGAAUAUCUGAUCAUAUUUUUAGAAUCCUACUUGCAAGACACACCCAAUUUGAUAGCUCUUGCCAAGAUGACUAUGUUUAAUUAGCUGUGAAGAAUUUCAGGGAACCGCAGUGAUGGUGUUAUAUUAAUGCAACUUUUAUGCUACAAAAUAGAUUAUCCCUGUGAACAAUGAGAAGAAAUUAUUGAAUUGCACACUUAGAACAUAGGACAUGUCAUUUGUCAACCAUGUCUGGUGUUAUAAGGACUGCUGUAAUGACAGUUGAGGAUGUUACCUGUAACUGUACCUGUUUGUCACUAUCUGCAUUAUAUGGCACUAGUGUCAUGAUAACAGAGGCUCGAUGAUUCUAUGAUACAUUUACGAGAAAGUCAUUUCAGUUACAGGAGACGGGACAUGAGAGACUUUCUCGUAAAUGUAUAAUAAAGUUCACAUUGAGCACUGGCAAUUCAUUGACCAUAAAGUUUUGAAAGAAUAAUACAUAUCUUAAUCAAGCCUUUUGAAAUAGAAGCUAGCUCAUCUGAGAUGAAAUAUUUGCAUAUUUCCUUGUGACAUGGUGGCAGAUAUUUGAUCAAUGUUGAUCCAUCUCAUAGUAUCAUAGAAUCAUCGAGGCAUGUGGCACAGAACAAGCCAUUCAGCCCAUCCUGUCCAUGCCAGCCAAUGAGUACCCAUCUCCAUUUACUGAUGUUUGACCUGUAAUCUCGAAAUACUCAUCUAGAUUCCUCUUGAAUGUCGUUACAGUAUCUCUCUCCACCAUCUCCAGAAGCAAUGGAUUGCAGAUUCGGACAGUAUUGGACAGCAUAAUGGUAGAAAAGUGGAGUUGCUGUCUGUCAGCGCCAAAGGCCCAGACAGACAAAUUCCUCUACCACAUGCGGUUGUCAGAUGAAGUUCUGCAUGGUAUAUCUGAACGCUUUCUAAAAGAGAUGAAGCGAGGACUUGGCAAAGAUACCAAUCCGACGUCAUCGGUCAAGAUGCUGCCUAGCUUUGUCAGGUCAACUCCUGAUGGGACAGAGAGUGGAGAUUUCCUAGCACUAGACCUGGGUGGCACUAACUUCCGUGUGCUGAGAGUGAAGGUUUCGGAUAAUGGCAAGCAAAAGGUGGCGAUUGAGAAUCGGAUUUGUUCCAUUCCAGAGGAAGUCAUGCACGGCACGGGCACACAGCUGUUUGAUCACAUUGCAAAGUGCCUAGCGGAUUACAUGCGAGAACUGGACAUCAAGGAUACAAAGCUUCCUCUGGGCUUCACAUUUUCCUUUCCCUGCCAACAGUCCAAGCUUGAUGAGAGUAUUUUGCUUACUUGGACCAAAGGAUUUAAGGCAAGCGGUGUUGAAGGACAAGACGUAGUCGGCCUAUUGCAUAAAGCUAUCGAGAGGCGUGGGGAUUUUGAUAUCGAUGUUGUUGCUGUGGUGAAUGACACAGUGGGCACUAUGAUGUCGUGUGGCUAUGAAGACCACAACUGUGAGAUAGGACUCAUUGUUGGUACUGGCACAAAUGCUUGUUACAUGGAAGAGAUGCGGCACAUUGACUUAGUAGAAGGAGACGAAGGGAGGAUGUGCAUCAAUAUGGAGUGGGGCGCGUUUGGUGAUCAGGGAGAACUGGCUGAUGUUAGAACAGAUUUUGACACAGAGAUUGACAGUGGGUCCAUCAAUCCAGGAAAACAGCUGUUUGAGAAGAUGAUUAGUGGAAUGUAUAUGGGCGAACUUGUUCGACUUAUCUUAGUGAAGAUGACAAAGGAUGGUCUGCUGUUUAGGGGAAAGCUCACGCCAGAACUGCUCCUCAAAAACAACUUUGAUACGGAAUAUGUCUCAGCAAUAGAGAAGAACUCUGAUGGACUGCAGAGGGCACAUGGUAUUCUAACCGAACUGGGUCUGGAGCCAACAUCAAAUGACUGUAUAUCAUUACGCCGGAUUUGUAGCAUAGUAUCGACCCGGUCGUCUGACCUCUGUGCUGCUGCACUUGCCGCUGUGCUGAGGCGCAUCCAAGAAAACAAAGGGCUCCAGAGAAUGCAGACCACGAUUGGUGUGGAUGGGUCUGUGUACAAGAUGCACCCCCAGUUUGCCAGACGGUUAAGCAAGACAGUGAAAAAAUUGGUCCCCUCCUGUGAAGUUCGUUUCCUGCUCUCUGAAGAUGGCAGUGGAAAGGGUGCUGCCAUGGUAACAGCAGUGGCCCACAGGCUGGCUAAGCAACAAAAGAUGAGGGACGCGAGUCUGUCCACAUUCAAACUGAGUGAGAAGCAACAACUGGAGGUGAAGAGUAGGAUGAAGUUGGAAAUGGAACGGGGCCUGAAGAAAGAAACACACUCUAUUGCAACUGUAAAAAUGUUGGCAACUUAUGUGCGGGCAACACCGGAUGGAACAGAAAAGGGUGACUACUUGGCACUGGACCUUGGGGGUACAAAUUUCCGUGUGCUGCUUGUGAAGAUUCGUGAUGGGAACCGUCGAGCUGUGGAAUUGCACAACAAGAUCUACACUAUUCCUAAGCGUGCAAUGGAAGGAACAGGGGAGGAGCUCUUUGAUCACAUUGUGCAGUGUAUUGCUGAUUUCCUGAAGUAUAUGGGGAUUCAGGGCUCCAGGCUUCCACUUGGCUUCACCUUCUCUUUCCCGUGCGAGCAAAGAACCUUGGAUCAGGGAAUUCUUUUAAAUUGGACGAAAGGAUUUAAAGCUACUGGCUGUGAAGGUAAAGAUGUCGUAAUCCUCCUUCGAGAAGCCAUCAAGAGAAGAGAGGAGUUUGAAUUGGAUGUUGUGGCCAUCGUUAAUGACACAGUGGGAACAAUGAUGUCCUGUGGCUAUGAUGAUCCCCUCUGUGAAGUUGGUCUCAUUGUAGGAACUGGGAGUAAUGCCUGCUACAUGGAAGAAAUGAAGAAUGUGGAAAUGGUUGAUGGAGAUGAAGGAAGGAUGUGUGUUAACAUGGAAUGGGGAGCAUUUGGUGACAAUGGCUGCUUGGAUGACAUCAGGACUGAAUUUGAUCUGGAAGUGGAUAAAAAUUCACUCUACGCUGGGAAGCAGAGAUUUGAAAAGAUGAUCAGUGGGAUGUAUUUGGGAGAGAUUGUCCGUAACAUCCUAAUCAAAUUCACAAAGCAAGGUCUGCUGUUUCGAGGGAAGAUCUCAGAAAGGCUCAAGACACAAGGCAUUUUUGAAACUAAAUUCUUGUCUCAGAUUGAGAGCGAUCGACUGGCAUUGCUUCAGGUCCGAGCCAUACUGCAACAGUUGGGACUUGAGAGCACCUGUGAUGACAGCAUCAUUGUCAAGGAGGUGUGUGGGGUAGUCUCACGUAGAGCGGCUCAACUCUGUGGUAUUGGAUUGGCGGCAAUCGUCGACAAGAUCAGAGUAAACCGUAACUUGGACAACCUCAAGGUCACUGUCGGAAUUGAUGGAACGUUGUACAAACUGCAUCCACACUUCUCUACAAUAAUGCACGAGACUGUCGAACGCAUGUCCCCAAAGUGUAAGGUGUUGUUCGUGCAGUCACAAGAUGGCAGUGGCAAGGGAGCAGCUCUAAUCACUGCUGUUGCCUGUCGCCUCCGGGAGGCUGGCCAACACUAAACGUAAACUAGAUGUUUCUGCUCCAUCUGCACUAGGAACAUCCCCUCCUUUUUUCCAAACCAUGUCUCUUAAAAAUAUUACUGAGCGCAGUUGAGGUGUGCAGUUUGUACUGUAUGUCAGAAUGGAAUUACGAUUGCUGCUGUCAUUCUCUAACGCGUCAACACUUGGCCAAUGAGGGAUGCUGACUAGAAGCUGCUCUCCCUCUCCACCCAGAUCUCAGCCUCCUUCAUCAAGUCAAUACCAAUUCCAUCUUGCCCUUCUCUUUGUGGUGACGAGCUAAACAUGAUUGGGACUUUGCAGUCACUACUUUUAGCUAAACAGAACUGGUUUUGGGUAAUAAGUUAUAAAUAUUUCAGAUCUACACUUGUUAUGAAUGGGAAAGGGGUGGGUGAGGGAACAGUGAUAGUGGGAAGUGUGCUCAUAAGACCAUGUUCUGCAUAAGGCAGCUCUGGAGUUUAAGGUAAUCUUUUCGAAAAUAAUUUGUUUGUAAGGUAUGAAAUUGUAUUUUAGUUCCUGAUGAUGCACAUUGGUUCUGAACAUAAAUAGUGUCAUCGGCAAGUUCAGAAGAUGAGGGACUUUCUUGGAUAGACUCUCAAAUUAAAUUCUAUCUUCCACGAUGUUGCGUCAAACAUUGAUGGCUAAUCGGAGUGUUAAUUAAUCUCCCAUUCUUACUUGUUUACAUUAACAACCUAUUGUCUUGAAUAGGUGAGUUCCAAAGAUCAUUACAGCGUUGGUGUCAAGAUUGGAAGCCAAGGUCAGAUUAUAUCAACUGGUUGUGUAUGGGGCAACUUUGAGGCUUUUACUUCACACUGGCAAAUGAGGAAGUUUAUAUUGUUGACAGUGGAGUGAUUUAAUAGCACACAGUCAUCUCAAAGGCCAUCUAUGUUUAUAAAAUGAUUGAUUCACAAAUCUUUGAAUAUGCCACCCACACAAGAAAUUGUGGGGACAUUCUGUGUCACCUUGCCAUUUACUGCUGGGAUAUUUGACAAAUUUGGUGAAAAUCUGCAAAGAAAGGCGAUUCAGAUGUUAAUAUCUUUAAAAGUAUUGCUUAUUAUAUGUUCAAUAAGUGCAGAACAAAUGUGUGGAAUCAUCCUCAGCUAGGCACAACUUUCUCUUAUACCCACAGUAUAUUUUCAUGUGAUUGUAACUGAUGCAAUGGAACUUCAAUUGUGCUUGUGUAUGCAGUGAGUUAUUACUGACUCACUUGAAUUUGAGCAUUGCACAUUUACAAUUCUAGUGCAUUGUAUCUAAAUCCAAAGGAUAUCUCGGCUACACAUUAUGAUCAACCAGUUUUUGAUUUUUGUUGAUGUAUUGAAGGCAGUUUUGAAUUUCAAGGACAAUUUACAAAAGGGAGAAAAGCGAAUACAUGUAUUUUUGUACCAAUGCAAAAAUCAUUGUUAAUUCCUUCAUGAACCUGUAUGAGGUAUGUUACCAAAAUAUUACCACUGUAGCCAGCAAUCGCUGAAAAGUCAUGUAAAGUUUGUACAUUGUUGUUUAAGUAAAUCCUGUUUCUAUGUGGCAACUUGGCACAAAUAAUACUACCCACAUGGGAAAGAGGCAAUCCAUUA